CGCGCCGCGCCCACAGAUAGCCAAUAGCAGCUUCGAGAGUACUCCGAGAAUCACACCCCGUUGGACAACUUUCCUUUGACGGGCGCAUUCAGCCUCACCCUCCCGGUUUUCUCCAACGAGGCUAUCUGCCCCUUCUUACCGACGAGACACUCUUUCGCGAUAUCACAGCGCUCCAAGCAGACAAAGCGAACUCAUUAGAGAGCAGACGCUCACAUCCUCGUCGAACCCCCGAAUCCCCUCCUCAACACAACCGCCCACUAUGUCCGAGGCAUACGAGCGCGAGCGCCAGAACAACGCUCGUCUGGAAGAGCUCUCCUCCAAAGUCACCGCCCUGCGCGGCGUCACAGUCGACAUUUACGAUAACGCCCGCGCCCAAGAUGUCAUCGACAACACCACCGACACAUUCACAUCCAUGGCUUCCCAGGUCAAAGGCUCCGCAAGCAGAUUAACGCGAAUGGCCGCCUCAGGAAACAACGUAGCGAUAAUAAAGCUCUCAGCCAUCAUCAUCGGGGCGUUCUUAAUACUCUACUACGGCAUCAAGUGGAUCUUUUGAGGAUGGGGGCAUAGCAUAGAACGGGUUACCUGUUGGGACCGUGGAAAGGGGUGCUUUUUUUUCUCUUGGUAAUUGUCGUUUAGGAUAUACAAAGUGCAGUCGGACUUCAAAGACAAUACCCUUGGCGUGCUACGGGGAGUUUUUAUGAGCAUUGGCUUCUUUUUCUUUUUUUCUCUAUCUCUGUUAAAACAAUAAAUACAUUAUGGGGACAGACAUUAUCAAUUAUAUCAUAC